AUGAAAUGUCCUGAUGGCAAUACAAAAGGUUUGAACUUCAAUCUCUAUCUUUCGUCAUUAGAAGGUGAUAAAUCUCAAGAUGAGAUUGAUUUUGAAUUCUUAGGUAAUAAUAAAGGAGUAGUCCAGACUAAUCAUUAUACUGGUGGUAGUGGUAGUAAAGAGCAAAUUCAUGAGUUAGGAUUUGAUUGUAGUGAUGGUUUUCAUGACUAUGAGAUUAAAUGGUCUAAAGAUUACAUUGAAUGGUCAGUCGAUGGGAAGGUUAUUAGAAGAGAUGAAAAUGAAGACGGUGCUGAGUUUCCUGAGAAAGCUAUGUUUUUGUAUGCUUCAGUUUGGGAUGCUAGUGGUAUUAAUGAAGGGGAAUGGACUGGGAUUUAUGAGGGAGAUGAUGCACCGUAUGCAUGUAUGUAUAAGGAUGUUCGUGUUCCGUUGUUAACUGCGGUGGUGGAGGCAUCUGAGGAUAGGCUGAAUUAUCUGUCUGUUUGUUUGUUACACUAA